CGUGCGCAGCGCAGCUGCUCGCUGACGGGAACUAGAAGAUGGCGGCGUCCGUGGUUUGCCGGGCGGCAGGCGCCGGGGCCCAAGCGCUGCUGCGCACAGGCCGCUCGCCGGCCCUGUUGAGAGCGCCUGCCUUGCGCGGAACCGCAACCUUCGCGCAGGCCCUCCAGAGCGUGCCCGAGACGCAGGUGAGCCUGCUGGAUAACGGGCUGCGCGUGGCCUCGGAGCAGUCUUCGCAGCCGACCUGCACGGUGGGCGUGUGGAUUGAUGUUGGCAGCCGGUAUGAGACUGAGAAGAACAAUGGGGCAGGCUACUUCGUGGAGCAUCUGGCUUUCAAGGGAACAAAAAAUAGGCCUGGCAGUGCUCUGGAGAAGGAGGUGGAGAACAUGGGGGCCCAUCUUAAUGCCUACAGCACCCGGGAGCACACGGCCUACUACAUCAAGGCACUCUCCAAGGACCUGCCGAAAGUGGUGGAGCUCCUGGGUGACAUCGUUCAGAACUGCAGCCUGGAGGACUCCCAGGUGGAGAAGGAGCGCGACGUGAUCCUGCAGGAGAUGCAGGAGAACGACGGGUCCAUGCGCGAUGUGGUCUUCAACUACCUGCAUGCCACGGCCUUCCAGGGCACGCCUCUAGCCCAGGCUGUGGAGGGGCCCAGUGAGAAUGUCAGGAAGCUGUCUCGUGCCGACCUGACUGAGUACCUCAGCCAGCAUUACAAGGCCCCUCGCAUGGUGCUGGCGGCAGCUGGCGGGGUGGAGCACCGGCAGCUGCUUGACCUGGCCCACAAGCACUUCGGCAGCAUCUCCGGGACGUACACAGAGGACGCUGUGCCCACUCUGACUCCGUGCCGCUUCACGGGCAGCGAGAUCCGCCACCGUGAUGACGCCCUGCCUUUGGCCCAUGUGGCCAUUGCAGUAGAGGGCCCUGGGUGGGCCAACCCUGACAACGUGGCCCUGCAGGUGGGCAACGCCAUUAUCGGUCACUAUGACUGCACUUAUGGCGGUGGCAAGCACCUGUCCAGCCCGCUGGCUUCAGUCGCUGUGGCCAACAAACUGUGUCAGAGCUUCCAGACCUUCAACAUCUGCUACGCAGAGACCGGGUUGCUGGGCGCACACUUUGUGUGCGACCGCAUGAACAUCGACGACAUGCUGUUCUUCUUGCAAGGCCAAUGGAUGCGCCUGUGCACCAGUGCCACGGAGAGUGAGGUGACCCGGGGCAAAAAUAUCCUCCGGAAUGCCCUGGUGUCGCAUCUGGAUGGUACCACUCCUGUGUGUGAGGACAUUGGACGAAGCCUCCUGACCUAUGGUCGCCGCAUCCCCCUGGCCGAGUGGGAAAGCCGGAUAGCGGAGGUGGAUGCCCACACGGUCCGUGAGGUCUGCUCCAAGUACUUCUAUGACCAGUGUCCAGCAGUGGCUGGACUGGGCCCCAUUGAGCAGCUCCCAGACUACAACCGGAUCCGCAGCGGCAUGUUCUGGCUGCGCUUCUAGACGAGGGGGCGGGGCUGGGGCUCAUGGUCCCCCCCCCCCCACCUACCGCUCCGGCUCCUCAGACCCGUGCUGCAGAUUCCACCAAUAAAGUCUUGUAUUGAGAA